AUGUUAAUUGAUCAUUUCUUCAAAUCCAAUGAGACCUUUAGCUACGAAGCGCUUCGUGCUGCUGGCUAUAGCAAUCAUGGCGGGGCAGAUCUCGGUGAAGUGAUAGCUAUCUGCUCCAAAAUCCGCCCAGGAAACGAGGAUGACUGGGUGCACGAAUGGCAGAAGGCUGCAGAACGAGCACUUUCCAAUGCUGAGCACUCAGAAUCUGUGAAAAACCAAAAAAGUGCCUACCAUGGAUACCUUCGUGCAUCGAAUUACUUCCGCACUGCCGAGUUCUUUCGCCGAGAAAAUGUCGACGAAGACAAAGUAUCUCAUUUCUUACAUGAAAGAUCGGAGGCUUCUUUUGAAGCGGCAAUGAAGCUAUCUACAUUUACAUAUGAGUCGAUCAAUAUCUCUUACGAAGGAACAUCAUUACCAGCCUACUUUGUUAGUCCUGAUAACACAAAAAAGCCUCGACGGACUAUUGUUUUAAACGGUGGCUACGACUCCAUCAUGAGUGAGGGGUGGUUUGCUAUCGGAGCAGCGGCCCUAGAGAGGGGAUAUAACUUCCUCGCAUUUGAUGGCCCCGGACAAGGUGCAGCUAUCCGACGACAGCAUCUGCACUUCCGACCCGACUGGGAGAACGUGCUCACCCCUGUUAUCGACUACGCUUUAACUCGUGUGGAAAUCGAUGCCAAUGCGAUAGUCAUCUUUGGGUGGAGCAUGGGUGGAUACCUAGUGGCACGAGGAGCAACGCGAGAGCACCGGGCGCGAGCCAUUAUUCUGGAUGAUGGUGUAUACGACUUUGGCUCGGCUUUCCGAGCUCAUCAGCCGUCAUUUAUUCAAGCGCUGGUUGAAAAACGUCACGAUUCAAUUUACAACUGGAUAUUCCACUGCGUACAAUCCUUUUCGACGGGGAUCCGCUGGGCGCUGCGCAACGGCAAAUGGACUUUCGGCGUGGAAUCUGCUGCGGAUCUGAUUCGCGCAGUCAACAAAUAUACCUUGGAGGGCAUUAGCCAAGAUAUUGUCACACCGUGCCUGAUACUUGAUGCAGAAAAUGACCACUUUCUGAAAGGCCAACCAGAAAUUCUUCGAAGAAAUCUGAACUGUGAACACCAACUCGUUAGUCUACGAGCCGACGAAGGUGGAGACGCCCAUUGUCACCCAGGGGCCUCCUUUCGGUUGCAUCAAGUUAUCUUCGAUUUCCUUGAGUCGCAAUUUGCAGCACAAAAACUGUAA